GUGACGCGGGACGCCAGGUGGUGUCCGAACAAAAAUCACAAUCCGUGCUGCGGCAGGACGUACUGUGUUCCCGUCUGCCGGCUGGAGAUAGCCGUGUUUGUGUGCUGUGUGUUGUGGUGUAGGUCUGUGAUGGUGCUGACUAUUCGAUUAUCCGUUGAUUGGUAGGAAACCCGAGUGUCCCGUUAGCUGAUCAUGUAGGAUCAUCCUGUCGUUGGCCCGGGGGAGUAGAUCGACUGGGAUUCUGUGGGGUUGGAGCUGUCAACACAGAGAUACAAUUUGUGUUGAUUUAAACAGCACUGUGGAUUAUCAAAACAAAACUGUACACACAUACACAACAAACUGGAUAGUGGGAUAUUCCUGGAUAUAUAAAUAAAGUCCCUGGUCACAUCCAUGGAUACAAGUAUCACGGACACGUUUUAUUUGUUGGUGACGUAAGACAUUGCCACACGUGUAACCCGUGUGCUGACCUUUGAACUUUGACGAGAAUGGCGUCCAGAAAAAAAUUGUCCUGGUGUACCACGCACCCCAUCUGCAGACUGUUCACACACAUCGCCAUUUUCUUCUGUUACCUGUGUGGAGGGGCGGCCAUCUUCAUGCACCUGGAGAGCCCUAAGGAAGCAAGCCUGGUGGCGAACCUCCGAGAGAUGAGGAGCUCGUUCUUAAACAACCACACCUGUAUCACAGACGCCGAGCUAGAGAAGUUUAUCGAGGAGAUCGUCCACGCCGCCAAUAGGGGAGUCUCAGCAGUCAAAAAUGUUUCCCAGUCAGAGCCCAACUGGAGCUUCGGCCAGGCCAUGUUCUUCGCCAGUACAGUCGUCACUACUAUAGGAUACGGUCGGGUGACGCCCCUAUCUGAUGCUGGCAAAGCCUUCUGUAUUUUCUUUGCCAUCCUGGGGAUUCCCCUGACACUGGUGCUGUUUACCGCCUGUGUGGAGAGGCUGAUGAUCCCCACACGGAACCUGCUGUACUGGCUCUACGGCAAGCUGGGCCAUCUAUACAAGGUGUUCCACAUCCAGGUACUCCACCUGUGCAUCAUCCUGGGCAUCCACAUCAUCUUCUUCAUGUUAAUCCCAGCUGGCAUCUACACAGUGCUGGAGCCCAACUGGAACUACCUGGAUGCUUUCUACUACUGCUUCAUAUCACUCUCUACCAUAGGCUUAGGUGAUUACAUUCCUGGUGACAACUCAGACCAGCCCCAUAGAGCUUUGUACAAAGUAGCUACCACAUUUUAUCUUUUAAUUGGCAUCACCAUGUUACUUCUGUUAAUUACCGUCUUCUAUGACAUCCCGGAGCUGAAUCUCGGCUACCACUUCUACUUAAAGAAUGACGAAAUGAAUCGAUCCGAUGAGGAGAACACUAGACUCAAGCCUGCUGAGACUGGAAACAGCAACAAAUAUACCAAGCAGAUCGAUGAUACACAAAGCAUUAAAUCUGGAGAGUUUCAUAGUUACCAGCAAGACGUUCAAACACCAGUAACAGAAGAAGAGCAGUAAAGGGACAGCAACCAGAGAACAACUCAAGGGAAGGAACAAAUACUUGACCUUCAACUCAAGGGAGACUAGUCUCUAACUUCCAGGGAAAUUUCCAACAUAAUUUAAAUAAUUGUAUUGUAAUAGUUCAAAGUAUGGUGCAUUGCUGUUUUUUCCUCUUGCUAAAACAUUAAACCCGCAUUAUUUUUUCUUUAGUGAGAGAUUUUUGAGAUUUUUUUUUCAUUAGAAUAGGCUAACUUUUUUUUGCUAGUUUUAAAAUAUAAAAAGAAAUUUUCAACUGAAGUUUUAAAUUAGCAUGGAAUUAUUUAAAAAUGAUUGUAACCCAUGAGUUUCAACAGUAAUGUAGUAUAUGUCUAGUUUUAAAAAAAACUUAAACCAUAAAGUUAAAAGAAAAAAAAAGAUUGUUACCACACUUAAAGUAAAAUCGUGUUUGUUGUGAGUGUUAAUACUUUAUUAUAUUCCAACUCCUGCAAUUUGUUUCAUGUACUUUACGAUUCUUGGUUGUUUUUGAGCAAACUGAUUUAUGUAUAUUUUAAAUUUGAAUGUAAAAGUUUGGCAGCCUUUCUUUUGAUAUUAUUUUUUUUCAAAACUUUUAUUUAAAAGUUUUUAAUGAACACAAAUUGUUGAGGUAAAUAAUGCUAAUUUAUUGAGAAUUACCAAAUGCCUCAACAUUUAUAGAAAUUUUUUGGGAGAUUAUGAAUUUAACAUAAAAUACAAUAUGUAGAGGUCUUUUCUGUAGUAUUUUAAUGACAUUUUCAUGCUUUAACAAACUAAUAAAAAUAUUUUUGGGUAUUUUUAUGAUUUUAAAAUCUAGUUGAUUUGUAAAUUUGAAGGAAUUUUUGCCAGGUUUGUUUACUAAAUAUCUGUGUAGUUUCUAACCUUUCCCAAUGUGGUUUUCUGGUGGUUAUUUUUUGUAGGCUGAGGAAAAAAAAAUUAAUGGUCCAGUAAAAGUUAAUUCUGUGUGUAGGUUAUGUGAUUUCUUUACCAAAAAUUUCAUGUAGAAAAUUUCUUUUCUUGUAAAUAUAUAUAAUGAUGUGGUAAUUAGUUUGUUAUCUAUUCAAAUUGCUAAUUGUUGUAUUGUUUUUCAACACAAAAAAUACUAUGGAGUUAAUGCAUACAACAAUUCAAAAGUACACCAAAGGUUAUAUUUUGUGACGCUGUACUUAACUGCUACCCAUGUAGCAUUGUUAUCUUGUUUACUCUGCUACCCAUGUAGCAGUCUUGUUUUGUUUAAACUGCUACCCAUCUAGCAAUGUUAUCUUAUUAAAACUGCUACCCAUGUAGCAUUGUCGUCUUGUUUAAAUUUUUGUUGUAUUUCUAGUAGUUUGGGGUAAACAGCUGAAAUCUUCAGCCAGUAGAUCAAAACAUUACAGAUUAAAUAGUUUAUGUAUCACAAAGCUGAGAUUACCUUUACAAUUAAUAAAUCAUUUGUAACAUUAGCAGUAGAAACCAAAGUUAAAUAAUUUUUUCUCUCUCAAUAAAUGAAAAAUAAGACAGGCUCUAUUAACUGUAUGUAGGAUUUAUUUUGAACAAUUAGUGUAGUAAUUCUUUACAUUUACUUGUUAUUCUUGCAUCUAUUGAACAAAGUUUUACUGUACAAAUGGAUUUCUUUUAUUGGUUACCAUGUAAGCUACAAAAAGUAGUUUGGUACAAUUGGGUAUUGUGUAGUCUAUUGUGUUAAAGCCAGGAUCCUGUGUUACUAUUGGUUGAUAAACAUUGCUUGUUGUCUGUAGUAUCCAAUGAUAAUUGUUGUCUCAUCUGUGGCUGUGCAAUGCUUAAAAUAAAACAUUUAUCAUCAA